GUUUCUGAUAAAAUGCAAAGAAAAGCAGAGAAAAUAAUGCAGCUAUAGAAAGGCUACAGAAGCUUCCUCUCUGCAUCAAAACAUAACCAAGCCCUUUAGAACUUAACCAGACUCUGCCUAGUUCUCUCUCUCUCUCUCUCUCUCUCUUGAAGUUCUUUCAACUCAUUCAGUUUCUAGUCAAUCUACUGUCAUCUCUUGAGCUCCAAACCUUGAUGUCUGUACCACUGGAACAUGACUACAUAGGCUUAGCAGAGACUUCUCCAAUGGAAAGAAGCUCUGAUAGGCUUUCCUCUUCCUCUGCUCACUCAAGCACAGAGGAUGCCAAGACCUCUGCUUUCAACCUGAAGGAGACUGAGCUGAGGCUUGGCUUGCCUGGCUCUCAGUCUCCUGAGAGAAAACAAGGACUUGGUCUUUCCAUUUUUGGCAAGGAUUUGGAGGACAAUAAGCAAAAUGGCUACCCUCCAAACCCUUCAAGGACUAACCCUGUGUCUGGGGCUAAGAGGGGUUUCUCUGAUGCCAUUGAUGAAUCUUCCGAGAAAUGGGUUUUUCGUAUGAGUAACGGAUCUGAGGCUGAUAAAGGAGCAGCCUUGUUCUCUCCUAAAGGUGAGGGUAAUGCUAAGACACAACAGCUAUGUGUGUCUGGACAAACCAAGAAAGAAGUUGCUGCUUCUGUUGUUCCUCAGUCAAAGCCAGUCCAAGAGAAGCAGAAGCCUCAGGUCUCUGAGCAUGUUACUCCUCCAGCUGCCAAAGCACAGGUGGUAGGAUGGCCCCCAAUUCGAUCAUUUCGAAAGAACACCAUGGCCUCUAAUUUGGCAAAAAACAGUGAUGAUGCCGACGGCAAACAAGGGUCCGGGUGUCUUUAUGUGAAGGUUAGCAUGGAUGGUGCUCCAUAUCUAAGGAAGGUUGACCUUAAAAUGUACAAUAACUACAUGGAACUCUCUAUGGCUUUGGAGAAGAUGUUUAGCUGCUUCACAAUUGGGCAGUGCAGUUCUAAUGGAUUUCCAGAAAAGGAUGGCCUGAGUGAGAGUCGGUUGAUGGAUCUUCUCCACGGUUCUGAAUACGUUCUUACUUUUGAGGACAAGGAUGAUGAUUGGAUGCUUGUCGGUGAUGUUCCUUGGGGGAUGUUCACUGAGACAUGUAGGAAAUUAAGGAUCAUGAAAGGUUCAGAAGCAAUUGGACUUGCUCCAAGGGCUAUGGGGCAAGAACCGCAACUAGUACACACCGUAGCAUCUCAUUUGGAAAAGGCAAUGCUGACACCAUUGAAUCGACUUUAAGUUGGGUGCUUGUUGCAUAUUCCUCCAUUUUCUACCAAUAUCCUCGUUUUUGCGUAUCUGAAGGACCGGCUAUUGUCCUACUAGUUAGAAAAAAAAAACAUCACUGGAAUUGUCCAGGUUAUGUGUUGUUUUGGUGUUAUCUCUCGUGUCUCCAUAUAUUCCAACUACUGUGUAAAAGGUAUGCUGCUUGCAAAUCCUUGUUUUAUUUUCGUAAGAACAAAUGCUUAUCGGUUUCGGUGGUACGCUGUAA